UUAGCCUACCUUUUUCCCCCGACCAAUGACGUCAAUUGUCAGACCCCUCUAGUAGAAGUAUAUAUGUCACGUGACCAACAUUUCUCUUUCCUUUUCAUUGCGGUGGCACAUAGAGUGAGCACGGUUUUAUAUACCUAUACAUAAGAAGCAACCAUGGCUAAAGAAAAAAUUCACAUUAACAUUGUUGUCAUUGGUCAUGUCGACUCCGGUAAAUCCACCACCACCGGUCAUCUUAUCUACAAAUGUGGUGGUAUUGACAAAAGAACCAUCGAAAAAUUCGAGAAAGAAGCCAAUGAGAUGGGCAAAGGCUCUUUCAAAUACGCCUGGGUAUUGGAUAAAUUGAAGGCUGAACGUGAACGAGGUAUUACAAUUGAUAUUGCCCUGUGGAAAUUUGAAACCGGUAAAUACCAAGUAACUAUUAUUGAUGCUCCCGGACAUCGAGAUUUCAUCAAGAACAUGAUUACAGGAACCUCACAGGCUGAUUGCGCUGUAUUAAUCGUCGCUGCUGGUGUAGGAGAAUUUGAAGCUGGUAUCUCCAAAGACGGACAAACCAGAGAACACGCUCUCUUGGCUUACACUCUUGGUGUCAAACAGUUGAUCAUUGGUAUCAACAAGAUGGACAGCACAGAACCUAAAUAUUCUGAAAAACGAUUUUCUGAAAUCGUCAAGGAAGUAUCUGGAUACAUCAAGAAAAUUGGAUACAAUCCUAAAGCUGUAGCUUUCGUACCAAUCUCUGGUUUCCAUGGGGAUAACAUGCUUGAAGAAUCUACUAACAUGGAGUGGUACAAAAAGAUUGGCUGGUCUGUAGAAAGAAAAGAGGGAAAUGCUUCCGGGAAAACCCUUUUUGAAGCCUUAGAUGCCAUUCUCCCACCCACACGCCCAACCAACAAGGCCCUUCGUCUUCCCCUCCAGGAUGUGUACAAAAUUGGAGGUAUUGGAACAGUGCCUGUAGGACGAGUUGAAACUGGUAUUAUUAAGCCUGGUAUGAUAGUCACUUUUGCUCCAGCUGGACUCACAACUGAGGUUAAAUCUGUUGAGAUGCAUCACGAAUCUUUGACUGAAGGUUUACCUGGUGACAAUGUUGGAUUCAACGUCAAGAACGUCUCCGUGAAGGAGUUGAAACGUGGAUAUGUUGCUGGAGACAGCAAGAACGACGCACCCAAGGGCGCAAAAGAUUUCACUGCCCAGGUAAUUUGUUAUCUCAGGACUUAA